AUGAAAUUUCUUCUCUUCCUGGCUCUUCUUCAUUUUGUCUCAUCCCUCCCAACUGUUGCCCCAAAAGAUCAUUUCGAACCAUGGAAUUUUUUUGAGAAGGUUCCAGUUGAACAAGUCAUAGACCCUGACUACAACAUCCCAGCUGUCCAAGAUGCUCCAGAGAUCCCAAUGGAAGAAAGAGACUCUGCAACUCAUGCGUAUUCCGUUGAUAUUGCAUUUCAUACAACUGUCAGUGAUAUGGAUUGUCUGAGAGAUCACGGUUACAAAUCUGUCUUUGUGAGAGCUCUCAAUCCAUCGGGGAAUACGUAUUUCGAUAGAGAAGCUUUGAACACCAUCAACAAUGCAUACGAUGCUGGUCUCGGUUCCGAAAUUUAUAUCACACCAAAUAUCAAUUCUACAAGAUCGGGAGGAGAUCAAAUUAGCCUCGUUUAUCAAAACUUGCAUGAUAAUGGAAUCAAUGUUCGUUCGAUUUGGAUUCAAGUCACUUCGCCAAGCAAUUGGGAAGCCCCGAUGCCUGUGAGAAUCGAAUUUAUUCAUGAUAUGAUCCAAAGAGCACAAGUCCUUGGACUUGCAGUUGGAAUAUACACUUCUUUCUAUGAUUGGCUGGAAAUUACAGGCGGAUUUAACAAUUUCUCUUCUCAAGUGUUCCUCUGGUACUGGCAUGUUCUUGGAAUUGGAGCUGAUGGAGAAACUAUUCCAACUCUGGAAGAUUUCCGUCCGUUUGGACCAUGGAAACAAGGAACAAUCAAGCAAUUCGGACAAGUUGAAAAGUUGUGUGGAAUGAUUGUUAAUCGAAAUGUUUAUGGAAUAUUGAAUCAACAGAAAUCCAAGAUUAUUCAUAUUCCAUCUGGAAACUCCCACAUUGAAAAGGAAAUGAUCCGCGUUGGUGGAAUCGGACUUUGA